AAAACCGGUACUCGUACGCUCGUGGUCGGUUAGCUGUUUUGUCGUGUAUGAUUGUUUUGCACAAGAUGCACAAAAUUUACAACGGUUUUGAGUAAGAGCAUAAUUUUGAAUUUCGAGUUCAUGACUAUGUGAGUUGUUAAAUUUUCAAAAUUGAUUGGUGCAUUAAAACGUUUCUUUAUGCAACAGCAUAUCUUAUUGGCCGGUGAAUGGGUGAAUAAAAUUUAGAUUUCUGUUGGAUUAAGGAAAGAAAAGCUGUAGAAGAGUUAGAACACCAAGAGUCUGCAAUUUGUGAGUGAAUAAGUGGAUUUAUUUAAAGGUACUUUGGUUUAUUAUUUUCUGCCGUUUUUGAGUGUAGUCAUUGAAAGUAACGAAUUAUUUUCUAAAAUUAAGUCCAAAGGAAUAGGGAUAACAAAAUACUGGUUCUCUUGUGCCAGUAAAAUUGACAACCUUAUUAUUUCAAUAAGGAAGAAACACUUGCAAUUGAAAGGACCAAAAAUGAGUGGAGCAGAGGGUGAUGGCCCUAUAGCUAAUGAGGGCCCUCCCAAUAAACAUCUACCACCGAAAAAGCAGACUAUUGAAAAGAUAUAUCAGAAAAAAUCACAAUUGGAACACAUUCUACUGCGCCCUGAUACCUACAUAGGUUCAGUAGAAAGGGUUUCUGAAGUUAUGUGGGUGUAUGAUGACGAGAAGCAAAUAAUGAUUAAAAAGACACUCUCAUAUGUACCAGGAUUGUAUAAAAUAUUUGAUGAAAUACUCGUUAAUGCAGCCGAUAAUAAACAGAGAGACAAAAAGAUGGAUUGUAUUAAAGUAGAAAUAGAUUCAGAAAAUAAUGUUAUUUCUGUUUGGAAUAAUGGUCAGGGCAUUCCUGUGGUCAUGCACAAGGAAGAAAAUAUGUAUGUUCCAACCAUGAUAUUUGGUCAUUUGCUGACGUCGUCAAAUUAUAAUGAUGAAGAAGAAAAGGUAACUGGAGGACGUAAUGGUUAUGGUGCAAAACUUUGUAAUAUUUUUAGCACUAAAUUCACAGUAGAGACUGCCUGUAAGGAUUAUAAAAAACAAUUUAAACAAACGUGGGGCAGCAACAUGACUAAAACAUCUGAGCCUAAAAUUAAAGAAUUUUUUGGCGACGAUUUUACAAAAAUCACUUUCACCCCUGAUCUGUCCAAAUUUAAAAUGAACACUCUUGAAGAUGACAUAGUACAACUCAUGUCACGAAGAGCAUAUGAUGUCGCAGCGUCUACAAGAGGCGUCAAAGUUUUUCUAAAUGGUAAGAGAUUACCUGUUAAAAACUUUAAAGAUUAUGUGGAUUUGUAUAUAAAAAAUAGAGAAGAUGAAGCAGGGAAUACCCUAAAGUGCAUCUACGAAAAUCCAAACGAACGGUGGGAAGUGGCAUUGGCGCUCUCCGAUAUUGGAUUUCAACAAGUGUCCUUCGUAAAUAGCAUUGCGACUACCAAAGGUGGUCGACAUGUGGAUUACAUAGUCGAUAUGAUAGUCAAGCAGCUUAUAGAAGUAAUUAAGAAAAAGAACAAAGGGGGGGUCGAUAUAAAACCGUUCAAAGUUAAAGAACACAUAUGGGUUUUUGUUAACUGCCUAAUCGUUAAUCCCACAUUUGAUUCACAAACAAAGGAGCACAUGACGUUGCAAAUCAAAAAUUUCGGAUCCAAAUGUCAGCUGUCUGAAAAAUUCAUUAAUGCGACUAUUAAAAGUGGUAUUGUAGAGUCAGUACUUUCUUGGGCGAAAUCUAAAGCUCAAAAUGAACUUCAAAAGACAAGCGGAAAGAAACAGACAAGACUCAAAGGUAUACCAAAGCUAGAAGACGCAAACGAAGCCGGUUCAAAGAACGCUAUGAAAUGUACCCUGAUUCUUACUGAAGGAGAUUCGGCCAAAGCCCUGGCAGUUUCCGGGCUUGGGGUUGUCGGUCGAGACUAUUACGGUGUCUUUCCUUUGCGUGGUAAACUUCUAAACGUCCGCGAAGCUACGCAUAAACAAAUACUCGACAAUGCGGAAAUUAACAGUUUGAUAAAGAUACUUGGCCUCCAGUACAAGAAAAAAUAUAACACAGAAGAAGACAUGAAGUCUCUCCGUUACGGUAAAGUGAUGAUUAUGGCUGAUCAAGAUCAGGACGGAUCACAUAUUAAAGGCUUGGUUAUUAAUUUUAUUCAUCACUCGUGGCCCGAAUUAUUAAGGCAAAAUUUUCUCGAAGAGUUUAUCACGCCGAUCGUGAAAGCGUCUAAGAAGAAAGAAGUUAUAUCGUUUUAUUCCUUGCCCGAAUUUGAAGAGUGGAAAUCAAACACCCCAAAUAAUAAAACAUAUAAUAUUAAAUAUUACAAAGGUUUGGGAACUUCGUCAUCUUUGGAGGCGAAGGAGUACUUUUCAAACAUGGCCAGACAUAGGAUUCGUUUUAGAUAUACAGGUCAACAAGACGAUGAUCACAUAGUGUUGGCGUUCAGCAAGAAACAUAUAGAACACCGUAAAGAGUGGCUGACGAAUUUUAUGGUUGAAAGUAAGAGACGCAAAGAGAUCGGUCUUCCGGAAAAAUAUCUCUACACAAAAGAUACAAGGUCAGUGUCAUACACUGACUUCGUGAAUCUCGAAUUGGUUCUUUUCUCCAAUGGCGACAAUGUCAGAUCAAUUCCGAGUCUAGUAGACGGCCUAAAACCAAGUCAGCGUAAAGUAUUGUUUACUUGCUUCAAGAGAAAUGACAAAAAAGAAAUCAAAGUUGCACAAUUGGCUGGUUUGGUAGCCUCUGCUUCCGCCUACCAUCACAACGAAGCGAAUAUCGCCGGAACAAUAGUUAAUCUUGCCCAGAAUUUUGUUGGGAGUAACAAUAUUAACUUAUUGGAACCCCGUGGACAGUUUGGUACUCGAUUGAAAGGUGGAAAGGAUUGCGCCAGUGCUCGAUAUAUUUUCACAAAAAUGUCACCUAUAACACGACUAAUUUUUCAUCCCCAAGACGAUCCUCUCCUUCAACAUGAAUAUGAUGAUAAUCAAAAGGUAGAACCAGUUUGGUAUAUUCCAAUAAUUCCAAUGCUUCUGGUUAACGGUGCCGAAGGAAUAGGCACAGGAUGGAUGACGAAAAUUCCUAAUUAUAAUCCUCGCGAACUGGUGGCGAAUAUUAGGCGAUUGUUAGACAACGAGGAACCAGUUCGUAUGCUACCCUUCUAUAAAAAUUUUAAAGGCACAAUCGAAGAUUGCGGCGAUUAUCGGUAUGUUUGCAGCGGUGAAAUUGCAGUAAUUACUAACGGAAAACUGGAAAUCACUGAACUUCCGGUUGGUACGUGGACGCAAAUCUACAAGGAAAACACCCUGGAAUUGCUUUUAUAUGGUUCGGAGAAACAGAAAGCAGUUAUCACGGAUUACAAAGAAUACAAUACCGAUACUACCGUACGUUUUGUCGUCAGUACAAACAAUUUAGAAGCCCUGGAGAAAGAUGGAAUUCAUAAAGUUUUUAAACUACAAAACAUGAUCAGCAUUAGCUCUAUGUGUGUAUUCGAUGAACUGGGCUGUUUAAGGAGGUUCGAAUCCGUAAUGGAUAUUUUACAAGAAUUCUUCACUUUACGGUUAAAAUAUUACCAAAAGCGUAAAGAUUAUGUGGAGGGCAUAUUAGAAGCGGAAGCAGCGAAACUAAGUCAUCAAGCCAGAUUUAUAAUGGAAAAAUGUAGUGGUCAAUUGGUUGUGGAAAACAAAAAACGAAAAACCAUAGUGGACGAAUUGAUACGAAGAGGUUAUCCACCUGAUCCUGUUCACGACUGGAAGUCCCGCAAUCAACCAUCUGAAGAAGAAGAAACUCAAGAAGAAGUCGAGGAUGAAGAAGAAGAUUCCGGGCGUACGAAGAAACCGGAAGAUGCAGAAAAAUUAUUUAAGAAAAAUAGCGACGUAAAAAAAUUCGACUAUCUAUUAGGUCUAACAAUGUGGAUGUUAACAGAUGAGAGAAAAAACGAAUUGUUACGUCAAAAAGAAACGAAGUUGGCAGAAUUAGAGACUUUGAAAAGAAAAACUCCAAGUCAUUUGUGGCGUGAAGAUCUGGAUAUCUUCAUCCAAAAACUAGAUGAAUUGGAAGAAAAAGAGCGUCGCGACGAAGCUGGUGGUGUUGAUAAAAUUAAAGAAUCAAAAAAAAUGACAGGAAAGAAAAAAAACCUGAACGAAACGUUGCCAUCUUCGGUAGGCCAAAGAGUCGUGCCUGUCGUAAGUGAUGAUCUGAAGAAGAAGGUUCAAGCUGCCUUGAAACUUAAAGAGAACAGGAACAAGAAGGGUGUUAAAAAGGAAAAUAUUGUCAAUGAUGAGGAAAGGGACGAAUUUGACGAAAUGGUGAAGGACAAAAAGACAAUUAAAGAUAAGCUGGGAACACCUGACGAGGUAGUGAAGAAAGUGAAAGCCAAGAAGGGCAAAGAUGGCUUUAAACAAACCAAACUGAACUUCAGAGCUAAAGACAAAGAUUCAGAAUCUCCGAAGAAACGAGGUAGGAACAAAAAGGUUUCGUCUGACUCAGAAGAUGAGGAUAUAUUAAAUAUUUCGGAUGACGAUGAUGUAUCGUUUUCAACGAAACCAACCGUCUCUGAACGUGCAACAAGUAGGCGACAGGUGAGCAAACCAGUAAAAUAUACGGAGUCCAGUGAUGAAGAUGGCAUAUCAUCUGGCGGAGAACCAGAACUUUUUGACAAUGACGCCGUUAAAGAUGACUUCAAACAGCAAUCUCUAGAAGUCGGUAGCUCAGGAAGUGAUAACGAAGUCUCGCCACCCCCAAAGAAAAACGAGAGUUCUGAAGAUCUUUUUGAUUCGUUACUGGGUCGUAAGAAGUCUUCAUCACCUCCAGUCGAAUCGACGGAAGCAGUUUCGUCAUCCGCCGAUUCUCCGGUUAAAUCGAAGAAAAAGCGUCCUAUUAAGAAGUUUAACGAUUUUUCAGACUCUGACGACAAUUUCAUUCCUCCAGAAGAACAACAUAAUAACGUAACUGACAGUGAAGAUGACGAUUUCACAACUCGUACAGCUAAUAAGAAAACGACAAAGAGAGCAAAAGGGAAUGAGGAUCAUGGAAUGUCAGUGAAACCGACUACGACGACUACAACGAAGAAAAGGGCUAAAGCAACAGUCACGACAACUGGUAGCGAUGACGAUUUUGGAUCGUCAACGAAAUCGAAGAAAACAGCGCCAAAAAAGAAGAAAAAGUCAACGGAAAGUUCAGACGAAGAUUUUGGGCUUCCAAAGCCGGCAAAGAAAAAAGCACCCGCGAAAAGUAAAAGUAAGAAAAAAUCCGAUGACGACAGUGACAUUGAUGACGGCGGUUGUUUCAGAGAUUACAGUCCCCCUCCGACCAAGAUUAGUAGGGUUGCAAAGAAACAGACUAAGUACGUUUUUUCAGACGAUGAUCUGUCCGAUUAAUUCGGUAAAAAAAGAACGAUAUUUAAAUUAUUUUUUCCUUUUAUUGGUUUACGUUGAUUUAAUCGAUUUUUUUUUUGCCGGUCAACUUACGAUAAAUUUACUUUAUAUGUAAAAAAUUUGCUUUAGAUCAGUGACUGACAAAAACGUAGCAAAUACGAAAAAAGUGCCGUUUAAAGAAAGUUAUAAAGAACAAAACUCAAAAGUCUUAGUGAGGAAAGUCGAAUCUCAUACUUUAUGUGUGUGAUUUCGUAAAAUUAUUUAAUAAUUUACACUCUUAAUAAGAGGAAAAGAAAUCUUUUAUUCUCGAUUUUUAAGAAAUAGAAGGAUGCUCUGUAAGACUUUUUUGUACAGUAUUUCACAAACUGCAAAUCUAUUUAAAUGGCUUUUUUAAAUUUUUACUGCUUUCUCAUGUUUACGAUUAGGCAAUUUUAAAAGAAAUUUGGCUGGUUCUGUCUUUAGUUAAUUAUUAAAUGGUGAGUCGAAAGCAAAUAACUAAAAAAUAAAAUAAAACGAGAGGACGAGAAUGAAUACAUAAUAAUACAUAUAAAUGAAUAAUUAAGCGAAUGUACAAAUGUCAUAGCCCAAUAAUAACACGAAAAACUACUAAUUUUAAAUUAACUAAUGAUAGUGUGUAACCAUUACUUUUAAUUAGUGAUGAGUUCCGCAUAAGGAGCUCCCCUCGCCGUAGCGGUUUUAAUAGUUGUAAUUUUCUUUUUUAUAAUAAGUAUGUGUCUGUCUGUGCGAAAUGUAAGAGUGUUUUUAAAUAAUAACAACCAUUAUCUA